GUGAUGGUCAACCUUUGCAACACUUCAAGAGUCCUACAUCUGGUGCUCAAGAGAAUACUUAUAAUGCGAACUCUCUUCGUGACGGUCAACCUUUGCAACACAUCAAGCAUACUAAUACGGGUGCUCAAGAAAAUGUUCAAAAUGGUAACUCUCUUCGUGAUGGUCAACCUUUGCAACACAUCAACCACAAUGUUGCCGAAAGUGGUCAACAUCAUGGCGUUAAAGAAAACUAUGUACGUAUUCCAGGAGUUUACUCUUUGAAACCC